GACAGCACUAACGCUAUAAUAUCGAGCGUAAGAUGUCUGACAAUGGAAUGGUCGUGAGAUUAGCUGUGGAAUACGAAGUCUCUAGUGUUGUCGUAGCCGAUAAAACGUCCAAGCGGUUUCGCAUCAGUUCGAGAAUUGGUGCCGCUGCCAUCGUCUGCGUUCUCAUUCUGGCGAUUUCGGCUCCUGCAACAACACUCGGCAAAUCGACUACAGCAGAACAAGAAGACGCACACAAAUUAGUCGAACGCCGCACAGUUGACAUCAACGAGCCAGUCAAUUCGAUACAAGACGACAUGCCUACUCUGUCUUUACCACCUAAUUUAGCUAUUGAUAUAAAUGUACAACACGAACGACCAACGUUGUGGUUCAGCAAAGAAUGCGGGAAUUCAGUCGGCGGAAGGUCGUACAACGACAGCAAAUAUCACGCAUUCACAACUCACGAAACGGCCACCCAAUUCGACGUGUGGUACGAAAAAUUUCAAAACAGAAUUGCCGCCGUCCGAACGACGCUAACUUCCGGCUCUCUUCAUCGUCACGGAUUGCACUCGCAUCCUCGCACGAGAGACACGGCACGCGAAACGGUCCGUUUGGGUUCGGACGACGAACUGGCGCGAAUCGAAACGUACACGGACAAAAGCUACGGCGGAAGUGGAAACGACGUGAUAACUCAUUUGACGUUGGUCUCGCGGGGAGGAAGAGUUUGGUCGAUCGGUGAUCGAUCGGGAAGGUUUUGUAGGAUCCGGGUUCCGACUGGCUAUCGGGCUGUCGGUGUUUUUGGUCGAUCCGGGUGGUUGCUUGACUCAAUCGGUGUUAUUGCUGCGACAGAUGGUCGAGAAUACGAGAUUGGCUCGGAGGACUACGACGCGUCAGGAAUUCUUGGAAAAUAGAAACGACCAAAGACGUUAGACACAGCAAGCAGCCUCAGCGACUUUACUCCAGCGCAUGUCUUACUAGACGGAAUCUAACUUUGAACGAAGUUCUUUAUGAGAAUUCUGUCCGGCUGCUAAUCCGGAGUUAAUUGGCAAUUGCGUGUGGAGACGAAAGAUAAACGUUAACAAUUAAAACUUGAAUCGAAAGAAUUAGAACUUACAAAUAGAAAAAUAAAAAUUAAAAAUUAUUAAUUAUUAAUUAAACAUUUAAAAAAUGCUAAAUAGGAAUUCAUUUCUAAAAUUAAAAAUUAGAAAAAACAUUGAAAAUAGAAAAAUAAAGUAGAAAAGAAAAAGAAAAAUAGAAAGUUAGAAUAACAAAAUUAGAAACGUAAAAUUUAAAAUUUUUAAAAAUUAAAUGGCCGGAUCAUCCACAUACCGUGUUAAGUUAUGGCAUAUCGCGUUUCCAAUAGUGACCAAAUGCUGGUUACAUUACUUGCCAGACUACCGUUACCGGUGUCUUCGAC